UAUAUACAGAUUAACUACAAGUGUCCAUUGUCCAAUGAAAUAAGCCACACAUCUAUUUAACACUGGACAGUAUUUCUAAAGCUGACACCAUUGUGAACCAGUCUCAGUCAUUGUGAUGUAGGAAGAGAACUAAGAGCAACUUGACUUACAGUAAGAUAUACAGGUUGAGUCAUCACUGCAAAUUCACAAUUCUCAUAUUGAAAGUUGUUGUCAGUGACUUCCAGUUGUCUCAUCUUCCAGUAGUUGGCAGUAGCUGUUUCUCCUAUAGCUCUAUAACAAUGAUUUAUAAACCUAUCCUAAGUGAUGAAAGGCUGCCUAUACUUGUCUUGAUAGUGUCUGGUAUACUAACAGUCUCUGACUGUCAAGAAGAUAUUCUACAAGAUAUUGUUACUAAUGUCAGUAUGAGAGCAUCAUUGUUUGCAAGAUCAAUGACAGAUUGUAGUGAGUUAAUCAGUCUAAGUAACUACACUAGUACAUGUGAAUCAGAAGUUCCAUAUGACAAUGUCACUGAUCUAUCAGUAGUGGUGCAUUUUGACUGGAAUCCUUACUUACCAUUAGAAGCACGUUGUUACUGUUCAGCAGCAUUACUGAGCCUUCUCAUACCUGAACCAAUUACAUCAGUACUAACCUCCUAUCCAUGUACUAAUAAUGAGAAUGCUACCAUUUAUUGCUUUAAGUCUUGCAUCACAGAAUCACAAAAUGAAGUAUCUUGCAAUGAUAAUGAAAAUUGUAAAGAUGAAGCAUGUUUUGUGUAUGGAAAGAUGCCAUAUAUCUUAUCAAAUCAAAGGCAGCUCUAUAUUCUUUCAACUGGCAUCAACUGUGGCACUAUAGGGGGACAUGCAUGGGAACUAUGUGCUGUACUAUUUGCAACAACUGGGCCCACUCCUACUGCUACUACUGAGGAGGAUAUUGGUGCUGUUUUUAUAUUUUCUCUUUCAUUUGGUAUAUUUUUGGGAAUUUUUUUGACUUGUUUGUGUACAAUCAUUGCUGUCUACCUUUACUGUGGUUUAAGAAGGAAAAGAAGACAGAAACUGAAAGUUGAAGAAAUGCAAAUAACAAAAAAUCAUUAUGAGUCCAGUGAUGAAAAAUUCACAAUUGAUUCUCUGAUACAUUCCACUGAUUUGUUUACGUCAAGCUGCAUCAUUCCUUACUCUGCCAUUAAGAUCACAUGUGAAUUGGGAGAAGGUGCAUUUGGCAUAGUUUAUAAAGGUAAAGUCUCUCAAGGAAGCCUUUCUGAAAUAGAAGAUGUUGCCAUAAAAACACUGAAAGAGCACUCUUCAGUUGAGCAGAUCAAAGAAUUCAUAUCAGAAUCAGAAACAAUGCUUCGCCUAGAUCAUCCUAAUGUACUCAAGCUAUUGGGUGUGUGUUUUGAUACUGAGGAUCAACUACCUGCCAUUGUGUUACCUUUCAUGGCUAAUGGGGACCUCAAAUCAUUCCUAGUUGAGAAAAGAGGACACAAUGAGCCAAACAUACUACCUGAGAAUUUAUCAAUGGAGGAUUUGUUGUCAAUGUGUUUGGAUAUAGCUAGAGGUAUGAAUUACUUAUCAGAGCAGAAGUUUGUCCACAGAGACUUGGCAGCAAGGAACUGCAUGGUUGAUGAUAGCUUGUCUUUGCUGUCAGUGACUUCCAGUCGUCUCAUCUUCCAGUAG